AUGUUUGGAAGCGAUCUUAAGUAUGUUGCGGUCCAGAUACCUCCGUCCAAGGAGAAAUUGAGGAAACCUGCAUACUUAGUCGCAUUGGGAUCAAUUGGACUAGGUGCGGCGUCGUCAUAUGCAUACCAACAUUACCCUGACUGCAUUCUCGUUUCCCUGAGCUCGCCGAGCUCGGAAGACCCGGAGGCUCCCAAGGUAGUCCUUGGAUGUCUCACCUUCACCUCUGACAUCUGCCUUGCGGAAGAAAUAAUCUCAAAAACCUUCCUUGCGAUCCUGGCUACUUUGGAAAGCCAGGAGAUUGCAAAGAAUGCCCUCCGGGCCAGUGGUGUCCAGGAGGGUCAGAUGGACUUGCUAACGAUUGCCCGGUACUGUCCUGGGGGACAACAGUCUUUCCCAUGCCCAGCACAUUCUGACAGCCCAGAGGGCGCUUCCGAGUGCGCAUGCGUGGCCGGUUUCCACGGAACGACGCAGGAUGAUUGUCAAGUAUGCCCCUCUGGAAGCUACUGCUCCGGAAACAACAGCAUUGCGGUGUGCCCGCAGCAUUCUGAGAGCAAGAGCGGGUCUACAUCUCCGAAAGACUGCACCUGCAAGGCUGGAUACUUCGAGCCUUCCAAGGCGUUGGCCUUGAACAUCCCCCCUGAGGAGAAAGCAAUCUUCAAUGUGUUGACAACGCUGAAAGGCAGCACGUCAUCCAAGGACUGCCAGUGCAAGCCCGGCUAUUUCUUCAACUCCAACGGCCAGUGCCAAACGUGCCCAGCUGGAUCCUACUGCUCAGGCGGAAGCAACAAGGCUGAAUGCCCGUCCAACUCCAACAGUCCCGCCGGAUCAUCCUCCAUACAAGACUGCACCUGUAACAAGGGCUUCUACGGUGCGAGAGUGCUUGGGAAGGUCAGGGAGGUGCUGACGGUCUAUGGUUGGCAGCGAUGCUCUGAGCACGUCCGUGAGCGACUGCAAGUGCGAGGCUGGCUUCGUGCUCAACUCCAACGGCCAGUGCCAGUCGUGCCCAGCAGUGAUCCUGGAUCUUCUUCGAUCGAGGACUGUGUCUGUCAUGAAGGAUAUCAUGGUUUGCUUCUCAGGCUCCUGUUCUUGGGGCAUGACUGUCUUGGUAUUGCAGAAGAUGACAAGCACCAGUGCAUAUUGUGUCCAUCUGGAUAUUUCUGUCCUGGCGGCAAACGCGUGCAAUCUUGCCCGCAAGAUUCUGAGAGUGCGCCCGGAAGCAGCAAGGCUUCUUUCUGCAUGUGCAGCGCUGGGUUCGAGCAGAGUUCCUUCAACAAGGACGUCGGGCCAACGUGUGCGCCAUGCCAAGUGAACUCUUACUGCCCGGGGUCUUCGGUUCGAUCCACUUGCCCGUCACAUACCCAGAGCGCCGUUGGGAGCAUCUCAACCAAAGACUGCAAGUGCAAGCCUGGCUACUUCCGCAACUUCGACGGGCAGUGCCAAACGUGCCCAGCUGGGUCGUACUGCUCAGGUGGAAGCAACAAGGCUGAAUGCCCGUCCAACUCCAACAGCCCCGCCGGAUCUUCCUCCAUACAAGACUGCACCUGUAACAAGGGCUUCUACGCUCGAUACCAGCAGGGACCUCAGUGUGCGGCCUGUCCGAAGGACUCCUACUGCCCAGCCAACGGAGCACGUAACUACUGCCCGACACAUUCUCGCAGCGAUGCUCUGAGCACGUCCGCGAGCGACUGCAAGUGCAAGCCCGGCUACUACCGCAACACCAACGGCCAGUGCCAGAUCUGUCCUCGUGGAUCCUACUGCUCAGGCGGAAGCAACAAGGCUGAAUGCCCGUCCAACUCCAACAGUCCCGCCGGAUCAUCCUCCAUACAAGACUGCACCUGUAACAAGGGCUUCUACGCUCGAUACCAGCAGGGACCUCAGUGUGCGGCCUGUCCGAAGGACUCCUACUGCCCAGCCAACGGAGCACGUAACUACUGCCCGACACAUUCUCGCAGCGAUGCUCUGAGCACGUCCGCGAGCGACUGCAAGUGCAAGCCCGGCUACUACCGCAACACCAACGGCCAGUGCCAGUCGUGCCCAGCAGGAUCCUUCUGCCCAGGUGGUCAGAACAAGGUUGCCUGCCCAGACAACACCGACAGAUCGUGUCCUGGAGACUAUUUCUGUCCUGGAGAACGGGUUCAAAAGCGAUGUCCAGGACACACUACCUCAAGUUUGAAUGCAAAAUCAGUGACCGACUGCAAGUGCGACGCGGGAUAUGUCAAUGCUGCAUUCAGCAACCCUGUGAACUGGUUCUACGUAGAUGCAUCCUCUUGGACGGAUGCAAAGGCCAAAUGCGAGCAAGGAUCUGGCAAUCUUGCAAGCAUUCAUGACGCACAAGAAAUGACCGCAUCCGCUGCUGUCUGCUCCACCACGCCUUGCUUCAUUGGCAUGUAUCGCUCGAGCCCCUCGUCAGCCUGGGACCUCACCCAAGACCAGCCCAAGGGGAAGGGGGACGCAGUCGCAUUCUUCAAUAAUCGAGGAGACCACUGGCGCGUGAUCUCCUCGAGCGAGAACCUCAAGUACCGAGGCAUCUGCAAGAAGAAGGACGUCCCUCCACAGGUUCCGGAGACCGUUGCGCAUUUCUCAUCACUGACCAGGCCUCUCUUGCAGUGCGUUGAGGGACUCAAUCCCAAGCAGCUGGGCAUGAGGCCGGGUUUCCAUACUCAGAUCUACCACCUCGGGUCUUCUCUCUCCAUCUUCCCCAAGAAUCGUGUGCAGUCCCGGAUCCCGGAUGCAGAAGGCACCCAGCGAUACAUUCAAGAUUACAACAGAUACUCGUUCUACGACGUUGACCGCUACAUGCCAAACGACUACAUCGCAGGCCUGUGGUACGGGGCGAUCAUUGUCAAGCAGAGUGGAACAUACACCUUCUACACCCAAUCAGACGACGGGUCCAACCUUUAUGUCGACGGGAGGCAGGUUGUCGCCAACGAUGGUCUGCACGGACCUCUCAAGCGGGAGGGAAGCAUCUUUCUGAACCAAGGGGUACACUUUGUCAAGGCUGAGUUCUUCCAGAAUGGAGGAGGGAUUCAGAUGCUCGUGAGGUACAGGGGCCCCGACACUCAGAACCGCGAAGUCUAUGUGCCGGCGUACCACUUUGCCAAGAGCUUCCCUGUCGCUAAGUCGGACAGGAUAGUCUCGUUGCAGAAUCGGGACUACGCUACUCUCAGUCAGACAAGGAUGGGUACCAGCAACCAGUGCCCAAGGCGGUGUCAGACACGGUACUUGUCAGUUCCCAACGGAUGGGAGAUCGCACCGAACAACGCGAUCAGCAAGAGCAUCAUCAGCAAUCACUGGUGGGAAACAGAUUGUGUCAUCCUCUCAGAUGGGAGCUCCUGGUGGACUAGGAGGUGGUCGCGCGGCGGACAAUUCUGCGGCAACAACGUGCUCCAAAGGGACUCCUACGGCAGAGUGAGGACAAACUCGUGCAACCGACAGAUUCUCAUCGUGCGAUCGAACAAAGUUGACUUCCCCACCAUCGAGUUCGAAGGCUUCAAGUAUGCGACCCUCGGUGGAAGUAAGGUUUGCCCCGACAAGACCUGUUACUCCACAUGCCAGCAGAGUAGUCUCCAGAUCCCCGAUGGCUGGCAGAUCGCCAUCAACGACGCCAAGAGCAUCUACGUUGCCAGCAUGUACGGCUGGGAGACUGACGGGGUUGUUCUCGCCGAUGGAUCAGCAUACGGCACCAAGUUCUCACAAAACCGAGGUGAGCUGAUCAGCAAGAACAUGCUCAAAAGCUACGGUUCAUCCUACCAGCCGGUUUCUUGCAACCUCCAGGUUCUGAUUCGCCAUCGAGAAGGGCUGCUACCGGACCCUUCCAACCUGGGCCUCCGGAGUGGCUUUCAUGGGAGGUACUGGCACUUCUCGCAAGGGAUCGGGACGAUACCUGCUUACGUUGAAAACGUCAAACCGAACACGGAGGACUCUCUGCUUGCAAUCGACUUUUCAAACUAUGGAAACGGAAAGAAACCAUUGGAUACACCGUUUCCCCAGACAAACUUCGUUGCUAUCUGGACUGGAAUCAUUGCUGUGCGAGCGGAGGGAACAUACACGUUCCAGACUAGCUCCGAUGACGGCUCGAACGUCUAUGUGAAUGGGGACCUGGUUGUCAACAACGGAGGUCUUCAUGGUAUCCGGACCGUCGACGGUCAGGUGCGUCUACCAGUGGGAUAUCACUACGUAAAGAUAGAUUUCUUCAAUGCCGGUGGGCCGUACCAGAUAGUUGUCAAGUGGAAGGGUCCCCAUGACAGCAGCUUUCAGCUCCUGGGCGCUUUUCAUCAUGCAUCGAUUUCCUCGUGAAGAAACUUUUCAGUGAUAACAAACACAGCAGGACAAACUUGGCGAGCGGAAGAACAGGCUGAGAGGGAGGAUCGGUAGUGACGCUAGGCUGUUAUUCAUCGACUUUUGACACAUUAAAGGUUAUUUGUAGCUUCUGAA